AUGCAACUCAUCACCCUCGUUGCCAUCCUCGCCCCAGUCCUUGGGACCGUCCACGCCGGCUGCUACUCCGGCGGUGAAUCAUGGGGCAGUGAGAAGGGCAAGGCCACCAGCGCGGCCGUCCAGGUCUGCGAUACCACAGUUGCCGGUGACUUCACAGGAGGCCAACUCAAGUCGGCCUGUCGACAGCUCACAGACACCAAGAGGGUCGAGUUCGUGGUCCAGUGGAAGGGUUCCGGAAACGCCUUCAUUAGCGAUGAUGAGUGCGUCCUGCGCCUUACCAACGAGAUUGGAGGCUGCUCGAAUGGUGGUGAGAGCGAUAUUGGCCAAUGGUUCUUCAGGUCCGACCCCAACGCCGGGACCUGCUAG